UGAGACGGGAAUAUUUCCUCAUUCUCAUUAGAUGAGCUAACGUCCCGCACUUAUAUAAGCUAGACAAUGCCUAUCAAUCUAGUAUUACCCUGAAGACUUUGUUAGGCACUAUCUAUCUUAGAUCAGAAUGCGCGUACUCGUCCUGUGUUUCGGAUGCUUGUUGGCGACCGUGGCGGCGGUAGAAUACGUGGAAAUCGACACCGGAAUACUCUUGGAUGACGAGACCAAGUGGAAGAUGCUUUUCAACUGCCUAAUGGGCCGCGGCCCCUGUGACGGGUUCGAGGCUAUAAAAGAUACGCUGCCUAAACUUGUCAAGAGCCAGUGCCAAGGGUGCACCCCUGAACAAAAGGAGAAGUUUGAGAAGACCUUGAAGCAGUUUCUGGAGAGAUACCCCGCGGAUUAUAAGGAGCUUUCCAAUAAGUUUCUCCCUAAGCCCUACUAAAUGAUAAAUAUAACCUCUAGCCGCCCAUAGAGCUAUAAAAAGGUCUCCUAUUCUAUUCUAAUUUGAACUUUGUGUCGAAUGAAUCAAAGUUUCAUUUUGCUUGGCAAGGUUUGACGUAUGGGCGGCUAGAGGAUAAGAGCGGAUUCACGCUAUCCGAUCCGAUAUCGGAUGACAUUGGCCAAAAAAAACUGAUAGAAAACGCCCUGUUUUAAGUUCUUUUAUUUUGUAUUGGCGCUUUCUUUUGAACAACAAACAAUAAUUAACCACUAGCAGCCCACCAUACAAGGAAAAUUGGCAAUCGAAUUUGAAUCAAAUGGACUGAAAAUAAAGUUGAAUUUGUUUGGGUUGAAAAUCGAAUGAAAGAAAACAAAAGCAACUCUGUUCCAUUUAAUUUAGAUUUAAAUUACGCCGUUGGAGGUGAUUUGUAGGUAAGUAAAUAGUAGUAUUUAUUAGGAUAGUGAACCCCAAGAGCCAAGAGGUUAAAUGUAUAAAAAAAAUGGCACUUUUUGCUUUUUUUGUACUCGUAUCCGACAUCUGAUAUAGGGUCGGGCAGUGUGAAACCCCUCUAAUAAUGUUUUAGAACUUUAUGUUAAAAAUGUAGUAUUAAAUGUAAAAGUUCGACAUUGUUAAAUUUGUUUUAGUACAUACGCCGAGCAAGAAGUUGGCUAAUCAAUAAAAGGACUUAUUCAA